GGCUGUCCUGUCCUGUCCUGUCCUGUCCUGUCCCGGGAGGGGGCCGGGCUUCGUCAGCAGACGUGACGGAAACUUUGGGGCGCCUGUGAUCUUCGCUUCAGACGGUUCCGGGACGCCGGCGGCUUCAGACGGGCAGCUGAACCCUGCUUCCUGUUUAUUGAAGACGGCAACACUCUCAGAACGAUCGCAGGCACCGUGACUGGUUAAGCAGCUACGAAAACCGUCAGUAUGGUUUGUUGGCAAGGUGUGUCAUUCCCAUUGCUGCUCUUGGUUUUGCUGACAAACCACAAGUGUCUAUCGCUACAGUCCCAGUGCAAUUAUUCAAGCAGUUUGGGCAAUAUAAUCAACGUAACCAUCGGUCUUUCAAAAGGGCUGAAGAGCCUCGGCCCAUUAUACACGGAUACAGUGGAGGAGUGUCUCAACAGCUGCUGUAGUGAUUUGCCUAAAAUAGAUGGACACCUCUGUAAUUUUAUGACAUUUGCUCCAAAGAAUAUCUCUUCCCCAAAUUGCUACCUUUUUCAUUGUCCAAACAAAGAUGCCUGCCCCACGAUGAUUCUGAAAGGAUACACCAGCUAUGUCAUCGAUAAAGAUCAAGAGUCGGAAAUGUCUGCGAUGAAAUCACAUUCCCAGAAUGGGGAAGGAUCUUCAGAUAGUGGGAUUGCAGCCGGCCUCCGAGAUUCUGGGUCUGAUCUUCCUUCCCGUCAAGGCAGCACGACGCAGUCAACAACAACCACCCAUCUCCCACUGCCCACUGUUCAAUCUAGAGCCAGGCCACUAACAGUGGUCCCCAUACUCCCACCACCCAACACGUUGCCAGUAACACCUUCCACUGCUGCUCCUGUGACCACCACACAGUUACUAGUGACCACGACCUCUCCAUUCACAACCAGGAAGUCACCAGCAGCCACCGUCCAGAACAGUCUCUCGGUGACAUCUGCCAAGACUGUGCCAACUAGACUACCAGUCCUACCAUCAACACCAACGAGAACUACUGCCCUUCCCACCACUCAAUCGCUGAAGACUACCACCCUCCAAACCACCACUCCUGAACCUACAAUGACCACUACACUUCCAACUACGCUCCAAGCCAGCACCAUUCCACCUCCAAUGCUCACUACCGUUCCAACCACGUUACAUACCACCACUCUACCUCCAAUGCCCACUACUCUUCCAACUACGCUCCAAGCCAGUACCAUUCCACCUCCAAUGCUCACUACCCUUCCAACCACGUUACAGACCACCACUCCUGAACCUACAAUGACUUCUACACUUCCAACUACGCUCCAAACCAGCACGACCAAAAUGUCCACAACCCUUCCAACCACGUUACAGACCUCCACCACCACUCUAAGUACAAUGGCCACUACUCUGCCAAGCACCCUACACACCACCACUACUGAACCUACAAUGCCCACUACCCUUCCAACUACCCUCCAAGCCAGCACGACUGAGUCUAGAACGUCCACCACCCUUCCAACCACGUUACAGACCACCACCACUCAAAGUACAAUGGCCACCACUCUUCCCAGCCCCCUACACACCACCACGCUACCAGCCGUGAUCACCACUCAUCCGACAUCAACCACCACUGCCUCAACCACCACUCCCCCAACCACUACUUCACGGACAACAUCUCCUCUCCCAGAAACUCGACUGGUGACCACCAUCGUCCCACCAACAACCAUCUCCGCUGUCUCGACAAGAAAGCCGAUACCACGUGGAACUCUGCAAUCUUCUGUGACCAGGGUUCCAGAGAAGAAAACUCCAUUCAUCACGAAUAUAUCUGCGGUUUCAAACAAUGCAAGUGUUAAUAAAAAGGACGGCAGGGAUCAGGAUCAACGACACAAUGUGGGAGGUCAGGAAGAAUCAGCAGGAAUGUUUGGAGAUUCACGAAUUGGGCUGAUUGCAGCUCUAGUAUUUGGAGUAUUAUUUCUAAUAAUAAUGGUCGCUAUGUUAAGUAAACAGUUAAUAGACUCCUACAAAAGAAAGGACUACACUAAAAUGGAUUUCUUAAUGAAUGGGAUGUACGUGGAGGCAUGA